AUGGCAAACGCGGGGAUACAGCUCCUUGGAUUCGUCUUGUCUUUUUUUGGCUUCAUCGGGUUGAUAGCAUCCACGAUCAUGGCCGAGUGGAAACUGUCAUCCUAUGCUGGGGACAACAUCAUAACGGCGCAAGCCAUGUACGAGGGGCUUUGGAAGUCUUGUGUGUCACAGAGCACUGGUCAAAUCCAGUGUAAAGUCUACGAUUCUCUGCUCCAACUAACGGGGAUGGUGCAGGGCACACGAGGUCUCAUGGUGGGUGCCAUCCUGCUGGCUGGCAUUGCCAUCCUGGUGGCCAUGGUGGGGAUGAAGUGUACCACCUGUCUGGCUGAGGACCAGGAGCAGAAGCGCAAAGUUGCCCUGACUGGAGGAAUCGUCAUCAUUAUCGCAGGUCUGUGUGCUCUGGUGGGGACUUCCUGGUACGGGAACAGAAUAGCAAAGGAAUUCUACGACCCCUUCACUCCUACAAACUCCAGGUAUGAGUUUGGCAAGGCCCUGUUCGUAGGUUGGGGCUCUGCCUGCCUCACCAUCAUAGGUGGAGCCUUCCUUUGUUGCAACUGCUCCAGUAAAGGCUCAGGAAAGUCCUCCCGCUACCCCCCGAACCACUCCGCUGCCCCGGCAGGCAGAGACUACGUCUAGAGCCUGGGGAUAUCCAGAAGACCAGGGUCGUGUUCAUUAGGGUAGAGGUUUCAAAAUGUUGUGCAACGGAAAAAUCGAAAACAAGCCUUUACUUACUGGUCGGGUAGUGCCUUCCCGUUUCACUCCAUUUAAGUCCGUUUUCCUCUGUUUUGUG